AUGAUGGAGGAGAAGCAGGCGAUGCACCAGCCGACGCUGCAGGCGCUCCUGGAGACCGUGAAGGCGCAGGGGAUGCCUGGCUCCAAUCGAACCACCCACCAGUACCCGCCCUCGGGCACGGGAAUCACGAACGAGCAGAUCGCGGCGAUGUCCCGGGGCUCGAUGCCGUGCCUGAGCGCCCUCCUCAGCCAGGCCUCCAUCGGAGGGGCGUCGCAGCCGAGCAGGCAAUCUGCGCCUGGCAACACCGCUGCGGGCCAGCUUGAAGCCCUCGGACGCCUGCUGGCCGCGCGGCCGUCAGCAUCGCCGUAUAUCGAGACGACCAGCGACCCCAGCGGCGGAGGGGCGCCCCCGCACUCGACCUUCUUCUCGAGCGCGCCCCAAGCCCCUACGCUGCUCGCUCCGGGCCUAGAUCUCGCCCAAUUCGCGGCCCUGGGCCUCCCCAGCGUCGCGCCGCCGGUCCAGCCCGUCCCGGCCCUCGAGGUUUCCGCCCCUGCGCCCCCGCCCUCCUCCACACCCUCGGCCGCGCUCUCCGCGCCGACGUCCUCGCGCUCCCGCGACCUCGCGAAGGCCGAGAGGCAGAUGCUCGUCCAGGAGAAGAACCGCAAGGCCCAGCGCCGCUUCCGCGAGCGCCAGAAGCAGCGCCUGAGCUCCCUCGAGUCCCAGGUUGAGGACCUGAUGCGCCAAAACCACCACCUCCGCGCGCAGCACGACGAGCUGACGCAGGAGCACGCCUCCGCGAAGUCCGCGCUGGCCGCCCGGACGCGCGAGUGCGAGCACUGGCGCAAGGGCGAGCACGACCAGGCGCGCUCGCUGGCGGAGAUGCUGGCGAGCGGCGAGAUCGCCAUGGCCGUGCAGGACGCGGGCGGCGAGGCCGCGGCCUCCGCGGCGGUCGAGCGGAUCAGGAACAUGCUCGAGGAGGGCCAGAAGGCGGUCUCGGAGCUCGACGUCGCGCCGCCCGAGCACCGCGCGUCCCGGGCGCAGCGUGUGGAGGAGGUGGGGCGCGCGCUCGUCGAGGCGACGGUGCAGGCGGUGACGGCGGCGGACACGGUCUCGCUGUCGCGGUUCCUCACGCUGAACCGCGACACGCUCCAGCCCGUGCGGCCCGCGGAGGCCGCGCAGCACGCGGCGCUGUGGCAGCGCUGCUACGACGCACUAGGCCUCGCGCCCGCGCAGGCCGUGCGCGUGGUCAACGCGCGCACGCGGUACCUCGCGCGGCUCCAGGAGAUCUAUACCAAGCGCCAGGAGGUCCUCGCGGGGCUGCCGCACGUGUCCGCGGACGGCUACCGCGGCGACUGCUACCUGCACGCCGUCGCGGAGCAACUCGACGGGCGGAUGGGCGCGCUGCGGAGCACGCGCGCCCCCGAGGCGCAGGCGACGGCGACGUUCGUGACGGAGGUGCUGCAGCACUGCCUCGCGCCCGCGCAGGCGCUGCGCGCCAUGCUGGCGUCGCGCCCGCUGCCGCUCGACGCGCUCGCGCUGGCGAACGUCGCCGCGACGCGCGUGCGCAACGACGACACGCUGCGCCGCGAGCACCAGGACCAGUUCGCGUGCGCGGUGCCCCCGGACCCGGCCUUCCCCACGCCCCCCCGCGCGCCCGCCCUCCAGUAG